UCCCAGCGCCCCGUGAAGGCCUCCCUCACGGCAGCGGGGGCAGGUUGCUCUAGUUUUCUAGCCGGAAUACGAGCCUUGCUCUGUCCUGCGGCGAGAGCUCGGAGCAUGUGCAGAGCGCCUGCCUCCCCGCGGCAUCAGGAAGAGCAGUCGAUUAGAUUCCGGGACGGUCAGUCUGGUAUAGCAGAACAGCGCAGCCCUCUGCAUCCUGCCACCGAAUUAAGUGGGUUUACACCCGAGGAAACGUAGCCCACGCAGGGAUCUACGUGCCCUGGAAUCCUAUCACCAUCCUCAUCCUGGAUGUCUGAGUCCUGGUAGAACUGCGAAUGGUGGCAAGCCUGGCCCAGGCAGGCGGCGGCAGCAGCAUCCCCCUUUCUCAGGGCCGCCCGGAGGACGAUUUGUUAUGGGGCGCGGGCGGGGCGGCUAACCAAGUUCCGUAUUUAUGACAUUUCUGUUUUAUACCGCCGCAUCCAAAGGCUCCUCUGGGCGGUGCACAACGAGAUCAAGCCGCUUAUUCCUGCCUCCGCCUCCGAAGCUGCAGGAGCGCCUCCCUCAGCUGGGCCCGGCAGGCGAGCUCUCCCUCCUCCCGCGACGGGUCCUGGGCGGGGGCUGCUGUCACUGGCCGAGAGAGCGGCCCUUCCCGCGGCCAGCAGCCGCCGAGCGGGAGGGAGAGGAAGGACCUCGGGCCGCCAGCCGGAGAGGCGGCACCCAGGCGCCCUGCUGGUGCUGGUGGUGGUGCUGCUGGUGCUGCGCAGCCCCGGGAGCAGCCCCCGCCACGCCCGGAAGAAGAAGACGAGGAGGGGGAGGACGAGCCAGCCAGCCAGCCGCUCCCCGCUCGGGCUCCUCCUCUCCGCCCUCGCUCGCUGCCGCCGCCGCCGCCGCCCAGCCGACCGAGUCCGCCCCUUCCUUCCUCCCUCCCUCCCCGCCUCUGGAGCUGGUUCGUUGCAGACGCUGCUGCUGCCGCCGCGCCCCAGCUCGCCCAGAGGGACCCGCCGCCGCCGCCGCCGCCGCCGCCCGGACUCGCCCUCCUCAUGUCCAGCUCGGAGGAACUCGACGGGGCGGGCGUGGCCCGGCCCCACUAUGGCUCUGUCCUGGAUAAUGAGAGGAUGACGGCAGAAGAGAUGGACGAACGGAGGCGGCAGAACGUAGCCUACGAGUACCUCUGCCACCUGGAGGAAGCCAAGAGGUGGAUGGAGGCCUGCCUUAAUGAAGACCUGCCCCCCACAACGGAGCUGGAGGAGGGGCUUAGGAAUGGGGUCUAUCUGGCCAAACUCGGGAACUUUUUCUCCCCCAAAGUGGUCUCUCUCAAGAAGAUCUACGACCGAGAACAGACCAGGUAUAAGGCCACCGGCCUCCACUUCCGGCACACGGACAACGUGAUCCAGUGGCUGAAUGCCAUGGCUGAGAUUGGUCUCCCCAAGAUUUUUUACCCAGAAACGACGGACAUCUAUGACCGGAAGAACAUGCCGCGUUGCAUCUACUGCAUCCAUGCACUCAGUCUGUACCUGUUCAAGCUGGGCCUGGCCCCCCAGAUUCAGGACCUCUAUGGCAAAGUGGACUUCACAGAGGAGGAAAUCAGCAACAUGAGGAGUGAACUGGAGAAGUACGGGAUCCAGAUGCCGGCUUUCAGCAAGAUUGGUGGGAUUCUGGCCAAUGAGCUCUCUGUGGACGAAGCAGCACUGCACGCAGCUGUGAUUGCCAUCAAUGAUGCCAUUGACCGCCAGAUUGCUGCUGAAACCUUGGCUGCAAUGAAGAACCCCAAUGCCAUGUUGGUGAAUCUGGAGGAGCUGCUGGCCCCAGUCUAUCAGAGUACCCUGUAUCAGGCCAAGCAGGAAAAGAUGGAAAACGCACGGAACCGGAUUGCCUCCGAGGAUGUGGAAAGGGAGAGAGAUGUCUACGAAGAGCUGUUGACUCAGGCGGAGAUCCAAGGCAAUGUCAGCAAAGUCAACUCACAUUCGGUCUUAUCCAAGAUUGACCAGGCUCUGGUCCAAGGAGAUGCCGCCGCUUUGUAUGAAGCCUUGUCGUCGUCAGCCUUGGGGCUCCGCGGACUGCGGCGUGAAAACAGCGACUGGUACUUCAAGCAGCUGCUGCAAGACAAGCAGCAGAAGCAGGAGGCUGGCGGAAGUGGGCCCCUGCAGAAGGAGGAGCUGCAGGCGGGGGUGGACCUGGCCAACAGCGCAGCCCAGCAGUACCAGCAGAGACUGGCAGCUGUGGGGAGGAUCAACGUGGCCAUCCGGAACGGGCUGGCCGAGAAGACCAUGGCGGAGCUGCUGAACCCGGAGGCGCAGCUGCCCCCCGUCUGCCCCUUUGCAGCUGAGCUCUACCAGAGAGAACUGUCCACCCUGCAGCAGCAGAGUCCCGACGGCAACCUCACGCACCCAGAGCUGUCGGUGGCUGUGGAGAUGCUGUCUUCCGUGGCGCUCAUCAACCGGGCCCUGGAUUCCGGGGAUGUCGGCAUGGUCUGGAAGCAGCUGAGUAGCCCAGUGACGGGCCUGACGAAUGUCGAGGAUGAAAACUCACAGCGAUACGUCGACAACUUGCUGAAGCUCAAAGCUCAGGCCCGGGAAGGAGGGACGGAGUUCAUCACAUGGAACGACAUCCAGUCCUGUGUGGACCGUGUGAAUGUGGUGGUCCGCGAGGAGCAUGAGCGGAUUUUGGCCAUCGGCCUCAUCAAUGAAGCUUUGGAUGAGGGAGAUGCAAAGAAGACCCUGCAGGCCCUGCAGAUCCCCGCAGCUAAACUGGAGGGAGUGACUCCCAAAGUGGCCCAGCAUUACCAGGACGUGCUGCUCCGGACCAAGAGAGAGAAAGCGCAGGAAACCCGGGAUGAGACUGCUGUCCUGUGGUUGGAUGAAAUUCAGAAUGGGGUUCAUCAGUCAAACCGGGACACGGAGGAAGCCCAGAAGUUUGCCGUAGGCAUUUUGGCCAUCAAUGGGGCAGUGGACCAGGGCAACGUUGGGACCACCCUUGGCUGCCUCCGUUCAGCCGACAUCGGACUGUAUGGUGUGACCCCAGAAUGUGCCGAGACCUACCAGCAGGAACUGGCGGGAGUCAAGCGCACGAAACUGGCAGCAGGGGACAAUGGCAGCGAGUGGGUGAAGCACUGGGUGAAGGGAGGCUUCCACUACUACCACCAGCUGCACACCCAAGAAGGGAGCUGGGAGGAGCCACCGGGGUUUGUGCAGAACAGUGUGCAGCUCACCCGGGAGGACAUCCAGAGCACCAUCUCUGCAGUCACGGCUGCCUACAACCGGGAGCAGCUCUGGCUGGCCAACGAGAACCUGAUCACCAGGCUGCAGGCCUGCUGCCGCGGCUACCUGGUCCGCCAGGAGUUCAGCGCCAGGAUGCAUUUCUUGAAGAAACAGGUCCCGGCCAUCACCUGCAUCCAGUCGCAGUGGCGUGGCUAUAAGCAGAGGAAGGCGUACCAAGAUCGCUUGAGGUUCCUGCAUGCUCACAAGGACGAAGCAGUGAAGAUUCAAGCCGUCACCAGGAUGCAUCAGGCCCGGAAGCGGUACAAAGAUCGCCUGCAGUACUUCCGGGACCACAUCAAUGAUAUUGUGAAAAUCCAGGCCUUCAUCCGUGCCAAUAAAGCUCGUGAUGACUACAGAACUCUGAUCAGUGCUGACGACCCCCCCAUGGCUGUAGUCCGGAAGUUUGUCCACUUGCUGGAUCAGAGCGAUCAGGAUUUCCAGGAGGAACUGGAGCUGAUGAAGCUACGUGAGGAGGUGGUCACCUUGAUCAGGUCCAAUCAGCAACUGGAGAAUGACCUCAACCUCAUGGACAUCAAAAUUGGGUUGCUAGUGAAGAACAAAAUCACUCUGCAGGACGUCGUGUCCCACAGUAAGAAGCUGACGAAAAAGAACAAGGAGCAGCUGUCAGACAUGAUGAUGCUGAACAAGCAGAGGGGGGGCUUGAAGGCCUUGAGCAAAGAGAAGAGGGAGAAGCUGGAAGCUUAUCAGCAUCUCUUCUACCUGCUGCAGACGAACCCAACCUACCUGGCUAAACUGAUUUUCCAAAUGCCCCAGAACAAAUCCACCAAAUUCAUGGACUCGGUGAUCUUCACAUUGUACAACUAUGCAUCGAAUCAGAGAGAGGAAUACCUGUUACUGCGCCUCUUCAAGACUGCAUUGCAGGAAGAGAUCAAAUCCAAGGUGGAUCAGCUGCAUGAGAUUGUGACUGGGAACCCUACUGUGAUCAAGAUGGUGGUGAGUUUUAACCGUGGUGCUCGUGGACAGAACGCCUUGCGGCAGAUCCUGGCACCUGUCGUGAAGGAGAUCAUGGAGGACAAAUCCCUCAAUAUCAAAACGGAUCCAGUGGACAUCUACAAGUCGUGGGUCAACCAGAUGGAGUCACAGACCGGAGAGGCCAGCAAGCUGCCUUACGAUGUGACGCCAGAACAAGCUCUGGCCCACGAGGAGGUGAAGACCCGCCUGGACACCUCCAUCAAGAACAUGCGGGCAGUGACGGACAAGUUCCUGCAGGCCAUCAUCGGCUCCCUGGAGAAAAUCCCUUACGGCAUGCGCUUCAUUGCCAAGGUCCUGAAAGAUUCCCUGCACGAGAAGUUUCCUGAUGCCAGUGAGGACGAGCUGCUGAAGAUUGUGGGUAACCUUCUAUACUACCGCUACAUGAACCCAGCCAUUGUGGCUCCUGACGCCUUUGACAUCAUCGAUUUGACUGCUGGAGGGCAGCUGACGACAGACCAGCGGCGGAACCUCGGCUCCAUUGCCAAGAUGUUGCAGCAUGCCGCGUCCAACAAGAUGUUCAUGGGGGACAAUGCCCAUCUUGGCAUCAUUAAUGAGUACCUGUCUGCAUCCUAUCAGAAAUUCAGGCGCUUUUUCCAGGCUGCAUGUGAGGUCCCAGAACUGGAAGAUAAAUUUAACGUUGAUGAGUAUUCUGACCUCGUGACUCUCACAAAGCCCGUGAUUUAUAUUUCCAUUGGAGAAAUAAUCAACACACACACACUGCUUUUGGAUCAUCAAGAUGCCAUCGCCCCUGAACACAACGACCCCAUCCAUGAACUCCUGGAUGACCUGGGAGAAGUCUCCACCAUUGAAUCCCUGAUAGGGGAAGGCUCCGGCCCCAUGAACGAGCCCAGCAAGGAGGCGCUCGCCAAGACGGAAGUCUCGCUCACGCUGACCAACAAAUUUGAUGUUCCAGGGGAUGAGAAUGCGGAGAUGGAUGCCAAGACCAUUUUGCUGAACACAAAGCGUUUAAUUGUGGACGUAAUCCGCUUCCAGCCAGGAGAGACGCUCACGGAGAUCUUGGAGGCGCCAGCCACUGCUGGGCAGGAAGCUGAGCACCAGAGGGCAAUGCAGAGACGGGCCAUUCGGGAUGCCAAGACGCCGGACAAGAUGAAGAAAUCCAAAGCUGUCAAAGAGGACAGUAACCUGAGUCUCCAAGAGAAGAAGGAGAAGAUCCAGUCGGGGCUGAAGAAGCUGGGAGAGCUGGGCACCGUGAACCCCAAGAACCGAUACCAGGACCUGAUCAAUGACGUGGCAAAGGACAUUCGGAACCAGCGGCGAUAUCGCCAAAGGAGAAAAGCUGAGCUGGUGAAGCUGCAGCAGACCUACAACGCACUCAACUCCAAGGCAACCUUCUAUGAGGAGCAGGUGGAUUACUACAAGAGCUACAUCAAGACCUGUCUGGACAACUUGGCCAGCAAGGGCAAAGUCUCAAAAAAGCCACGGGAGAUGAAAGGGAAGAAAAGUAAGAAGAUCUUCCUGAAGUACACAGCCGCCCGACUCCACGAGAAAGGAGUCCUGCUGGAGAUCGAGGACCUCCAGACCAGCCAAUUUAAAAAUGUGAUAUUUGAAAUCGGUCCAACAGAGGAAGUUGGAGAUUUUGAGGUGAAAGCAAAGUUUAUGGGUGUGCAGAUGGAGACAUUCAUGCUACAUUAUCAGGAUCUGUUGCAGCUGCAGUAUGAAGGCGUGGCAGUCAUGAAGCUGUUUGACCGAGCAAAAGUUAACGUGAAUCUCCUGAUCUUUCUCUUGAACAAGAAGUUCUAUGGGAAGUAGCUUUCCUUCCCAGGGAAGCUUCUCUUGUCCUUCUGUAUGCUUGUUUCGUAUCUUUCCAGUACAGACAGAGCCACCCAGUGCCUGGAGGCCCCCAGCAGCCCUCGUGGCAUCUCCUCCACUGCUGUGCCAGCUUCUGCCUCCUGUUUCCCCUCUAUGCAAACUGUGGCGCCAUGAAUUAAACCAUUUGUAGAGUC